AUGCUAACAGAAGAUGUUGUAUUCUACUCAAUUGCUACUACCAUCCUUUUCAUCUAUGUCGUCUAUUUGAUAUGGGAAUAUUCAGCAAAGGAUGUGCCCUUAUACAUCAAGAUUUUAACCUUCAUUUCUUGGAUGUUGACCUUUUCAAUUGUGUUAGUCUUACCAAUUGACAUUGCCAAUUCGACCAAAUAGCUCAAUGAGGAGUAGUAACAAGAGACCAUGGGGAAUAUCAAAAUAUUAUGGAGAAUUAUGUAUUGGGGGAAUUUCUUCUUGGCUUGGUAAAAUUUGUAUUUAUACAGGUUGGUCUUACCAUUUUUUUAAGAUUAUGAAAGCUCUGGAGAUUUUGAUAUCCGAGGCAAAAUUCGAUACUCUUUGAAAAAAAAUUUAACAAUAUAUGGAGUAGGAACAGUGAUAAUUGUUGGACUGGCCAUCUAUUUAUUGAUUAAGGACAAUUUUGAUUCAGCUCAUGUUGAAGGGGUUUUGAUUGGUGUGAGCAACUUUUUUGGAUUGCUUUUGGUUGUCAUCCUAUUGGGAUAAGGCUUAGUAGCAAUUCCAAAAUUAUACUACAGAGAACAUAAAGAGGAAGAAGUCUUGGAAUAAUGCUAUUAAUAGGCUGUCCUAUUGGAUGAAUAGAGAACUGAGAAAACCUACGAGCUCGAAGACAUUUGUAGGACUCUUCAACUGUUGCAGAAUGAAUAUUCUGACAGCGAAUUCAGUCGAUAUUUGAUGAUCAUUCUACAAAGGAUUCCUUAAGAAUUUCAAAAGACCAUCAGGCAAACUCUGUAAAAGUAUAAUGCUUCCAACAUACCUGAUAAAUACAAGCCAUUGAAUCUAGAAGUCUUGGCUUCGAUACACAAAUAUGUAAAAUGCCUUAUGUUUGAUUUACAAAGAAUUCAAACUAAACUAAAUAUUGUUAAUUAGAAGGCAUUGAAGUUCGAAAGGAAGGACCUAGCAGAUGAUGAGACAUAGUUCGAAACCAAGUGGUCUAAGAUGAUUUAUAAGAUUUCUAUCAUUUGGAAUCUAAAGCUCAGGAAAUAUUACUGUGUGAUUUUGGCCAUAACCUAUGCACUUCUUAGUUUAUUCAUACUAUUUUGCGAGAUGAUUACUUUUGUUGCCAAAACAAACAAGAAUUUGAAUCCCUAUUACUUAUUAUUGUCCUCCAUCAAUAGGUAUUAUUUAACAGAACUUGUUUUGCUCUUGCCUUUGCUUUACAUGAUGUUUUGCACCUAUUAUGGUUUAUUUGCAAUGAAAAUAUCAGGGCUAAUUUCAUUUAACAAACAUCAUCAUACAGAUGCAGCCAGCCUCAUGUUUGGGUCCAUUAACUUUGCUAGAGUAAGUUUCCCCUUGUGUUUCAAUUUCAUUCAAAUUACAGAGAUUUUGGAAGAUUAAGCAACUUCCUUUAGUGAGACCGUAGGUAAUCUGGCAGAAUCUCUUUUUGUAUAGAGUUACAAGACAAUACUUCCUUUGAUGCUAUUGAUUAUGUGCUUUUUCAAUUUAUUCAAUAUUGGAGAUAAGUUAAUGAGGACUAUAGGUUUAGGACAAUAUGCUUAACAGGAGAGAAUAUCUGGAAUGAGUUUAGAAGGCAAAAAAAUCAUAGAAAAGGAGAGAGAAUAGAGGAAGAAGAACAAUCUUAAUGAGAGCAAUUCUCAGAUAGUAUUUUAAGAAUUGUAAAUAAUGCCAAAAAGUAAAAUUCAGGAUGAGGAAGAAACUUAAAGAAAGAACUCAAAUUAAGGAAUAAGAAAUUUUGAUUAAAUUCUAAGUAUUUGAAUUAUUAUUAUUGUUACUUGUAAUUUAA